AUGUCUAGCCGAAGCAAUCUCAGACCGGACUUGAGAACCGGUGCGACGAGAACGCGGUCGGUUGCAAAAAUCGGUGGUAGUGGUGGUCAAAGUGAGAAUCCAGUGGAAGAUGGUGCUUACGGUGGUAUUGUGCCAGUGGUGGUUACAAGGGUCCCGUCGCCAGAGCAGCAGGCGAACGCAACCCUGCUGGGUAGAGCAUGCAAGGUUUGCGGUGGUCCAGACACCGAUGAUAUGGUCCAGUGCGACGUCUGCAACAAGUGGCAUCAUUUCGCCUGCGUGGGAGUUACCAAGGAGGAUGAAGUCAAGACUUGGAGCUGUGCUGUCUGCGAUACAGUAACCAGGGCUCUGCAAAUCUUGUCAACUUCCGACAAAACUCCAAAGCAAGUGGAAGCAGCAAACAGAAGCAAGUCGUUGAAUCCUAUCAUCCCAUCGGACAAACAACAUACACUGCAACCUCCGGACGGGCCGUCAAGCAAAGGUAUAGUAAAACAGCCGUCGCUUCUUAAAUCCAUUCCGGAGCGUUCGGCCAAAGGCACGUACUCAGUGGUCUCACGAGGUUCUUCCAGAAGUUCGGUACUGAAACUGGAACUUCAGAAGCUGGAGGAAGAGCGCGCGCUGGAGCAAAUGGAAGCGGAAAAGCAGCGCAGUUACCUGAACAAAAAGUAUGACAUCUUGAGACAGCUGACUAACCAAUCAGACAUGACAUCAGUCACGGAAGGGAUGGGACGCGUGAAUGCCUGGGUCGAGGACGUGAACGAGUGUGGCCGUAGUGAAUCGCUUGUUGAACGAUCUCUGAACAACUUCUCUCCUCGUGGGUGUUCCACACCAAACCGUUCAAACGUGGACAGGAGCUCUCAAGCUACAAGUAGACAAUCUCCCGUGUUGGCCGCUCCUGCCAAUUACAAUAUCAGAAACAGUAGACGCUCUAUUCUCAUGCCCAACCCUGCUGAUGGUCCCCUGCUACGAUCCUCCAGAUUCCAUAUGAUCCCGCCAGAUUACGACAGAGCUUCUUCUGUAAGCCAGAAUCCGUCAUCAUUACAUCAAAAUAUUCGGCAUGGGCCUACUCGUGCGCAGUUAGCUGCACGUCAGGCAAUAUCUAAAGAUCUGCCCAUGUUCUGCGGUAAUCCAGAAGAUUGGCCAAUUUUUCUGUCAUCGUUUAACAGUACUACAUCGAUGUGUGGAUUUACGAAUGAUGAAAACAUCAUUAGAUUGCAGAGGAGUCUGAAAGGUCGAGCGUAUGAUGCAGUCAAAAGCCAGCUCAUGCACCCAGCCAACGUACCCGGAGUAAUGGGCACACUAAAGAUGAUGUUCGGACAGCCUGAAGCCAUUGUGAACUCGCUCGUGACCAAGAUCAAUGCGUUACCAGCCUUGAGGGAGGACAAGCUGGAGACACUGGUGGAUUUCGCAGUGAACGUGAAAAAUUUCUGUGCAACAGUGGACGCCUGUGGUAUGGAGGAUCAUCUAUACAAUGUGUCGCUCUUACAGCAACUGGUGGCCAAGCUUCCGCCAACCUUAAAGCUGGAUUGGGCAUGCUACCGUAUGUCGAUGCCUCGAGUCAACCUGGCGACUUUCGGAAAUUUCCUCUAUUCUCUAGCAGAGGCCGCCAGCACAGUUGUGUUCCCUGCAAUUGUCCCAGAUCAGAAACAUACUCGGAGCGAUAAUCGCUCGCCGAAAAAGGGAAAUGCCUUCUUAAACGCUCACUUGGAAUCUCCACCGGAAAUCGAUGCCUCAGUACCCGCUACUUCAAACAACGUCACAACCCCAGUGGCUGGAAAUCGUAUCAACGAUGGGUGCCUCAUUUGCAAAGGCAGUUGCAGAACAGCCGAUAAGUGCACACAGUUUCUCGAGCUCUCACGUGAUGCACGCUGGGCUGCCGUGCGUGAAUUUGGAUUGUGUCGUAGAUGUCUACGCCGCCAUAAUGGAAACUGCAACACGAAAGAAUGUGGUCAAAACGGAUGUACGUUCAAACAUCACGCAUUACUACACAACGAUCUGCAGCGAGCACAACAAACCACCACAGUGGCAGUUACGCCGAACCCGACUUUUGAGUCAUCACAGACGGAGACUAACCAUGGCCACGGAUACAAUACUCAUCGUACCAAAACUUCGGCUGUUCUUUUUCGAUAUCUGCCUGUAGUACUAAGAAGCCGUGACAGAGUAAUUCAAACAUACGCGUUUUUCGAUGAAGGUUCCGAGCUCAGUUUGCUCGAUGAUGGAUUGGCCAAGCUUUUGGAACUCGAUGGCGAAAUCAGUCCUCUAUGCUUGAGAUGGACUGGUGGAAAAGAGCGCAACGAAGAUAACUCCCGUGUAGUGAGCCUGGAAAUAGGAGGAAUCCGGAAUCAGACCAAGAUGUUCAACCUGAACAACGUAAGGACGGUUCAAGAGCUGUUGUUGCCCCACCAGACAAUCGAUAUGAAUGAAUUAUCACAGCUAUAUCCACAUCUACGUGGUCUUCCAAUAGAUUCGUAUCAAUCUGCUCAACCACGAAUUCUUAUUGGCCAGAAGCACGCGUUCGUCGGCUUAGUACUUCAAAGCAGAGAAGGAGAGUUAAAUCAUCCGAUAGCAUCGAAAACGCGUCUAGGGUGGACCGUGUACGGAGGAUCUACGGAGGAUGUCCCUAAUGUUGUCCAAUGUGCGUUUCAUGAACACCACCGGAGCGACGAAAUCCUACAUCAAGCAAUGAAGGAGUAUUUCUCUUUGGAUAGCCUCGGAGUAACGAAGCCGGCGAAAUUACUCCUUUCCGCUGAAGACCAACGGGCUGAAACUCUUCUGCGUUCUCUGACAAAACUUAAGGAUCAUCGUUAUGAAACAGGUCUACUCUGGCGUUACGACGAUGUCCGCCUCCCAGACAAUCGCGAUAUGGCACUCCGCCGCCAUCGUUCCCUCGAAAAACGCUUGGAGAAAGAUCCACAGUUAGCGAAUGCGCUAAACCAGAAAAUUGCCGACUAUUUGGAAAAGGGUUACAUACGUCAACUCACCAGAGAAGAGCUAAGCAAACCGGUACCGCGUGUAUGGUACCUCCCAGUUUUUCCGGUUACAAAUCCUAAUAAACCUGGCAAGAUAAGGAUUGUUUGGGACGCUGCAGCGUCAGCCUUUGGGAAGUCUCUCAACUCUGCACUUUUGAAGGGCCCGGAUCAACUGUGCUCGUUGUUAUCCAUUCUUCUCCAGUUCCGUGAACAUCGGGUUGGUCUAACAGGUGACAUCCGAGAGAUGUUCCACCAGGUGGCCAUUCGAGAUGAGGAUCAGCACUGCCAACGUUUUUUCUGGACGGACGAAACCGGCGAAGUACAGACUUUCGUGAUGUGCGUCAUGACUUUCGGCGCAUGUUGUUCGCCGAGCUGCGCUCAGUAUAUUAAAAACUGCAAUGCUGAGCGUCAUUCGCAGAAGCACCCAAAUGCGGCGGAAGCAAUAACAAAAAAGCACUAUGUAGACGACAUGCUCGUAAGCGUCGAUACUGAGCAGGAAGCCAUCCAACUUGCAAAUGAAGUGAAACUAGUGCACGCCAACGGUGGUUUUGAAAUACGCAACUGGAUAAGUAACUCCAGUCAUGUUCUAAAGGCGUUACAAGAAGGGAACCCUCCAGAGAAAAAUCUGGACUUAACAGCAGAGCUUGCCACCGAAAAGGUUCUGGGAAUGUGGUGGUGCACAGCGACAGACGCCUUCACAUUCAAAAUUUGUUGGAACCGGUACGAUGAGGAACUCUUAAAUGGUCAACGCUGUCCGACGAAAAGAGAGAUUCUUCGAGUUCUCAUGACUAUUUUUGACCCUUUGGGGUUAAUCGCCCAUUUCCUCAUGUUUUUGAAGAUUCUUCUACAAGAAGUCUGGCGUAGCGGAACACAGUGGGAUGACCCGAUCCCAGUGACAUGCUUUGAAAAGUGGAAACAAUGGCUACAGAUCCUUCCUCGAGUAGAGCAAACAAAUAUUCCCCGGUGCUUCCGAAUCCACGACUCGCUUCACAUCACCUGCGAUACGCAGCUACAUGUAUUUGUCGACGCGAGUGAAAAUGGAUUCGCGGCAGCUGCAUAUCUUCGGUUUAAUCAGGACGACGUCGUUGAAUGCACACUGGUUGCAGCAAAGACCCGAGUAGCUCCGGUGAAGUUCACAUCCAUACCAAAACUUGAGCUUCAAGCAGCGGUCAUUGGUACUAGACUGGCCAACACAAUUUCGGAGUCUUUAUCAAUUCCAGUCACUAAUCGUGUUUUCUGGUCUGAUUCCCGGGACGUGAACUGUUGGAUAAACUCAGAUCAUAGGAGAUAUAGUCAGUUUGUGGCGUUCAGGGUGAGCGAGAUCCUUGAAAGCACCGAGAUCAACGACUGGCGCUGGGUACCUACCAAGUACAAUGUGGCGGACGACGCCACCAAGUGGGUUGGUUGGCCAGAUCUGAACUCCGAAAGCAGAUGGUUCAAAGGGCCGGACUUCCUUUGGCGUGCGGAGUCCGAAUGGCCACGUGUCCCUGUCAAGACUUCCUCGACAACUACAGAGCUUCGGCCAAAUCUGCUAGCACACUUUAUAGUUCCAGCGCCAAUAGUACAUGUUGAAGAUUUCUCCAGUUGGAAGCGGCUCCUCCAUGUGACGGCCUUUGUGUUCCGGUUCACGUUAAACUGCCGACGCAAGCUACAGAAAUCAUCUACCGCUUCCAGUCUACUAUCCACCGAAGAACUUGUCCAAGCAGAAGCUUAUUUGCAACGACUUGCGCAAAUUGACUCUUUUCGUGAGGAGAUUUCCAUUCUACAUAAAGCGCAAGCUUUCUCGGAAGAGCCGUCAACGCCUCUACCAAAGAGGAGCCAAUUGCACCGCCUUUCUCCCUUCCUGGAUACCCGAGGAGUUCUUAGGAUGCGGGGUAGAACUCGACUAUGCCAGUAUGCCACAGAAGACUCAACGAACCCUAUUGUUCUACCGCAUGACCACCACAUAACCACCCUAAUCAUAGCACACUACCAUGAAAAAUUUCACCAUCUUAACCACGAAACCGUUAUCAACGAGUUACGCCAAAAGUACAGCAUAUCGCGGCUUCGUGUGUGCUACGGUAAAACCAGGAGACGGUGCCAACGAUGCAAAAACGAGAGUGCCACUCCACGCCCCCCUAUCAUGGCUGACCUUCCACCAGCUCGGCUUGCUGCGUUUUCUCGUCCCUUCACACAUGUCGGGAUCGACUACUUUGGCCCAAUUAAGGUAUCCGUUGGACGUCGAAUCGAAAAGCGCUGGGGGAUGCUUGCCACAUGUUUAACAGUCCGAGCUAUCCACAUCGAGACAGUUCACACCCUUAGUACUGCUUCAUGUAUCAUGGCCUUACGAAGUUUUAUCGCUCGCCGUGGGACUCCUAGAGUGAUUUAUAGCGACCGUGGCACAAACUUUGUCGGCACGAGUCGUGAACUGUGUGACGUGGAAUCAGCUAUUAAUGAGCCGGAGAUCAUGAAAGAGUUUGUCAGCACUGAGACGGAAUGGGUUUUUAACCCACCAGCAGCCCCACACAUGGGGGGCAGUUGGGAAAGGCUGAUUCGUACGGUGAAGAAUAAUUUGAUGUCGAUCAACUCGUCUCGAACCUUGCGUGAUGAGGAACUUCGGAACUUCUUAGUCGAAAUCGAGAACACAAUAAACUCUCGACCGCUUACGCAUGUGCCGAUUGACAACGACUCCGAUCCUGCUCUCACGCCGAAUCACUUUUUACUCGGCUCCUCCAACGGAACUAAGCCGCUCACUCUCCUCAACGACACUGGAGUCGUGUUGAAGCAAGCUUAUGCCACAUCACAGGUUCUAGCAAACCAGUACUGGAAACGCUGGCUUGCCGAAUAUCUUCCAGAGAUUACCAGAAGAACCAAGUGGUACACAUACACGAAGCCGAUAUCCAUCGGAGACGUUGUGAUUAUCGUCGAUCCCCAGCUACCAAGGAAUUGCUGGCCAAAGGGAAAGAUCAUUGGGGUCAAAACAGCACGCGACGGUCAGGUUCGAUCUGCAACGGUGCGGACAGCCCACGGUAUAUACGAGAGAGCUACAACCAAACUAGCAGUUCUUGAUGUCAGGCGCGAUGGUGAGUAA